GUUAUUGUAUUUUUUAAUAAUUUUUAUCCUAUUUCAACAUAUAUUUAUAAUAACAUCAAUUAAUACAAUUUUCUAUAUUCAUUUAUACUCACAGGUUAUGUAUUAUGGCAAUGAUGAAAAGCCGCUUAUAAUGCAACCAGAGAAUGAUUAUGGCGAUUGGUUUACAUCUUUGAGCAAUGAAAACACUCCUGAAAAUUUCUACAAUAUAAAAGAGGUUCAAGCAGAAACAGUACUUGACAAAGUUUGCAGUUGGUCAGAUGAAUACAAAUCAGUUGAAACGUUAUUUUUUAGAUCUCUCGGAGAUAAUAGCCAAUACAGAAUUGUUAUGAUUGAGAGAAUAAAAAAUAUCUUGUUAAAGGAUCUUUAUGAAUCUUAUAAAAAGAACAUUGAAAAGAGAUAUAAUAACAGAAAUGUAGAAGUUCGUCCUGUCUGGCACGGUACAGAUGAAAACUCUGUUGAAGAAAUAUGUCGCGACCAUUUUAACAGAAGUUACCAAGGGAGAAAUGGCAACAGAUUUGGUAUGGGAACAUAUUUCGCUAGACAUGUAAGUUAUGCCUUAAACGACCGUUUAUCUCGGCGAGGGUCAAACAACUAUAAAAAAUUAAUUAUGUGUCGUAUCGUCCAAGGUUCUUCAUGUUUGGGAGAACCACAUUUGAAGAGCCCUUUAAUUAAUCCCAUGUCGUUUCCAUUAAGCAGAUAUGAGACUGUAGUUGAUAAUCUUGAAAAUCCGGAAAUUUAUGUUGUUUUUAAUGAUUUUGGGGCUUUACCAGAAUAUGUUCUAACGAUUGCUGCUCAAUAAAUUGUAAAUUAGAAUAGUUUGUUUAAAAAUGCGUGUUGCUAUUUCUAUUAAUUAAGAAAGUUCGAAUACUUUUUAUUAAGCUAAAAUAUUAAUAUAUAAAAUUAAUGUAUUUAGCAAAGAACAACCGAGUUUUGAAACUUCGUUAUUCAGUGUUAAUCAUUAGGCAUAGCUUCAUAGUAUAAUAAAUAUAUCAAUAGUUGAAAAUAAGCUUAAUGGUACUUGUAAAUUGCUAUAUUAAAGUUACUAAAUAUUCAGGAUAAGCUGCAUCGUCGUGAAAAAUAACAUAAAUGGUUGGAAAUUCAACGUUAUUCACUGUUGAAUCGAAAUUCUCUGAAGUUAUAAUACGACAUAAAAAUAAUCUUUUUUGACCUUGCUCAUCUCUAGAAGCGUAUCCAUUAUUUAUUGGAUAGCUAGCAUUUUUUGCGAAAUAUGAACCAAUUCCAAAUCGAACAGCUGAUAAAGAUAAGGACACUUACAUUUUAAGACUUGUAUAAAAUUAUGAUAUAUACCGUGUUUACCAGCAAAAUUUCUA